AUGCAGAGCAGCAGCGGAAACACAAACUCUGAAGGGACCCAUUUUCUGCCUGUGGUGCCCGCAGGGAAGCGCCGCGUGGCUGCGAGGGGCCCCAGGGGCCUUAAGUUUGUGCCGCUCCCCGCCAAGCCCGACAGCCAGGAGCUCCAGAAGGAGCAACACGAAGAACAACGGCGGCAGCAACAGCAAGAGGGGCAGCAGCAACAACAACAGCAGCAGCAGCAACAACAACAGCAACAAUUGCAGCAGCACCAACAGCUGCAGCAAGAGCAGCUGCAAAAAAGGCAACGGUUACAGACAGAGCAGCAGCUCGGACUGGCCGCUUACGGCUUCCUAGCGAAGAGGAGUCUGCAGGAGCAGCAGGAGCAGCAGCAGCAACAGCAGCGGCAACAAAAGUACCGCCACAUCUUGGGCGCGCCUUCUGAGAAUUCAUCAACGCAAGAUGAAAGGCAGCAACAGCAGCAGCUGCAGCAGCAGCUGCAGCAGCUACCAGCGGCUGUUGCAGAAGAUGCUGCUGUCUGCUACCAAAACCUCUUAGUGGGGCCCCAAGGGCCCCGGCCCUUUGUCCCGAGUGUGGACUUGCUUGCUGAGCAGCUGGCGCUGCUGCAGCUGAGAGCUGACAUUCGCGCUGCUGCUGCUGCUGCUGCUGCUCCCAGCAGCAACACCAGCAGCAGCAACACAGAUUUGCCUGCUCUCAAGCCACUCCCGAAGUGUUCAAAGACAGAGGGCCACAAAGAUAGUGGGGACCAAAACCUGCAGCCAACGGAAUGCAAGCAGCAGCAGCAGCAGAUUGUGAAGGCGGAGCCUUUAGAAGUCGAUGCAGCCGCUGCUGCUGCUGCUGCUGCUGCCGGAGCAGAAGAUGCCGCGGCCGCUGCAGCUGCGGUCAUGGAAGCCGCGGCUGCCGACGCAACAGGCACCAGAGCAGCUUCAGUGUCAAUUGCUCAAGAAAAUAUGCCGUAUGCGGCUCGAGCAGCAGCAGCAGCAGAAGCAGCAUCAACAGCAGCAGAAGAGCUGUCCCGCUUCGCAUUUGGUGUGAAGAGCUGCGAUCCCCCUAAAGAUGAUGCAGCGGCUCUCCAGGGCUCUCCAGGGGAAAGCGCAGCCAACGGUGCCUUUUUGGUUGCUGCUGCUACUGCUGCUUCUGCUGCUGCUGCUGCUGCGAGCAGCACCUGCUGCAGCGGCAACAGUACCUGCAGCAGCACGCUGAGCAGCCAGAGCAGCACGAGCACCCGCACGAGCACCGGCAGCAGCAGCACUAGCAUCCCUCUGGUCGACAUGCGCGUCCUGAACGCCUCCACUGGCAGCAGCAGCAGCAGCAGCAGCAAGAUCGGGCCGCUGGCGCUGCCGCCCCUGGCAGCAGCAAACAUACGCCGCAUGGUGUCGACCUGCGGGCUUUCUAUCCCCUUUCACCACAAGAGAAUCUUGGAACCGCAGCAGCAAAUCAUGGACAGAAUUGUGAGCGCAUGCAUGCACAAGAAGCACGUCAUCUUAGAGUCCCCUACAGGCACCGGGAAGACAGCAGCGCUGCUGUGCGGGGCGCUGGGCUGGCAGCGCUUCGAGAGCCUCCAGUCUGGGCGGCGAGGGCACUGCUGCAUUUUGUACUUGACGAGGACUCACAAGCAGGGGCAGCAAGUGAUUUCAGAGAUACGGCGGACGGCCUUCAGGCCUCGAGCUGUCCAUUUGGCUUCGAGAGAGCACUUGUGCUCAUUUCGCAGGUCUUCAGCAGCAACAGCAGCAGCAGCAGCAACAGCAGCAGCAGCAGCAGGGACCGUGGGGGGCACUGCGGCGGCCGCAGCUGCUGCUGCUGCUGCAGCUGCUGCUGCUGCUGCCCCCGUCAGCGGCGUCGACUGUCGUGCCUCAGCAAGGCUCACGGAAAGGCUUCGGAGGCAGCAAAACAUUGCACUGCGAUCCGUUGUUGCUACUGCUACUGCAGCAGCCAGGCCAGACGAAAAUCAGCAGCAGCAACAACCGCAGCAGCAGCAGUGUGCGCCGCCCCCGCUGUGGCUGCAGAAGCUGGGCAAACGAGCGGUGGGCUUAACGGAGAAACAGCUGCAGCAGCAGCAGCUGCUGCUUCAGGCAGCAGCAGCAAAACAAAAUGACCUGCUAGUUGCCGCCUGCGAGUCCCCCCUUCCCCCUUCUGUCACCGCCCGGUCCACCCCGGCAGCAACAGCAGCAGCAGCAAAAGCAACAAAAGCAGAACGAUUCGGGUCUCAAGAUGACGCAGACGAAGAAGCCGUUGGGGGGGACUCAAAUGAAGGGACUGCGCAGGGAACGUUAAAAGCAGCACGAGCAGGAGCAGCAGCUGUAGCAGCAGCUGCUGCUGCUGCUGCGGGCCAGGGAAACUGCUGGAUUUGCCCCCAUUACGUCCGCCUUUCUGACCCUGUCUAUGCUGCUCAGUUCGCAGCACAUGCCCUUGCGCCUGUUGUUGCUGCUGCUAAGCCGGCAUCUGCAGCAGCAGCAGCAGCUGCUGCUGCAGCAACAGAUACCUCCGUAGCAGGGCCAUCCGCCGCAGCAGUGAAGGGAAAACCGGAAGACGGCGCUGACGGUGCUGCCUGCAGCAACAGCAGCAGCAGCAAGUGCGAAAGCGUGCUAGACAUUGAGGCGCUGUCUGCUGCUGCUGCAGACUGCAGCAGCAGCGGCGGCAUUGGGGGCUGCGCCUACUACAGCAGCCAGGCGCUGGCCCAAGGGGCUGAUAUUGUGGUGUGCCCCUACGCCUUUGUUGUGGACCCUGGAGUGGCAAGGAGAACCAAAGUCGCAUCUAUUCUACCUGGCAGCGUGGUGAUAGUAGACGAAGCACAUAAUAUAGAAGACGUUUGCAGGGAAGUCGGGAGCAUAGACAUAACUGUGGACCAGUUGCAGCAGCUGCUGCGGUGGCUGCAGUCUCUUGAGCGUUUGCUGCCAUCGUCUCUGGCAGCAGGAGCACCAGCAAGGAGAGACACAAGGAUGCAGCAGCUGCUGCAGCGUCUUGCGCUGCACGCAGGGAGGCUAGCAGCGCCGAUUUCCAAGUUGGUAGACGUGGCAGUAAAUGCAGCAACGAAUCAGCAGCUGCUGCAGCGGGUGAUGCAGCAGCAGCAGCACGUGAUUCGCGAGGAGCUGCAGCGGAGCGUGCGAAUGAACAGCAGCAGCAGCAGCAGCAGCAGACGAGGAGUGCACGGCGGCGUAGCGAUAGCAGCAGCAGCAGACGAGCCCAGCGUAUCCCUCGAGCUGAUGGGCUGGGGCGGCGGGGCCCCAGAAGGCGCUGUAGGCUUUGCUGCAGCAGCAGGUUUAACAACACCCGAAGCAGCAACAGUACUGGGGGAAAGUGUAGAAGUCCUGUCGCUCAGCAGCAGCGAAGCUUCAGAGCUGGUGGGGCUGGGGCCCCCAGCAGCAGGUGACAGCCUGGAGCAGCUGGAGCAGCUGGCUUACUGUUUGUUUCUGUUGGCGAAGCACCCCACAGCUUAUGCUGCUUCCAUUCGCCUUGCUGCGGACCGGCACUUCCUUGCUGCUGCUGCGUUGCCGCAGCAGCAGAAGCAGUCGCUGCAGCAGCAGGAGGACGCAAUCCGCAAGGUGUCUGUACACCUCUGGCUGCUGCUGCCCGCCGUCGUCUUCUCCCGCGUCGCUGAGACCGCCAGAACUGUUGUCCUUGCUUCAGGCACGCUGGCGCCCUUUGACUCUUUCGCGUCCGAGUUGGGUCCUGCCUUUGGCAAGCGGCUGUUGGGUCCCCCUCUUGAGGCGCGACACGUGAUAGGGCAGCAGCAGCUAAAGGUGAUAGCUAUUGCUGCACUGCCCUCCAGCACUGCAGCAGAGCCGCUGGCUUCGCCUGCGACGACAGCAGCAGCAGCGGCGCAGCGGCUGCAAGUGGUGCAGCAGCAGCAGCAGCACCGGCACACCGUGCAGGAGCGGGAGCUGCGCUGUCAAGCAACAAACCUCAACAACCCCGAGUUUCUUGCAGAUCUUGGCAGGGCAGUAGCAAGGCUGCUGCAGUGCGUGCCUGGAGGGGUGCUGCUGUUCUUGCCGAGGUAUGGUUUGCUGCAGCAAGCCCAGCGGAUCUGGCAGCGCGAGCCCAUGUGGCUCGAGCAGCAGCAGCUGCAGCUGCAGCAGCAGCAGCAGCGGAGGAAGAUGCCAGCUUCCCGGCAUGGGAGGAAGACAAUAUGGGAUGUGCUGGUGCAGCUGAAGCGGCACGUGCUCGUGGAAACGCCUGCUGCUGCUGCAGCGAGCCAGCUGCUGCAGCAGCAAUUCGUGGCCGCAGUCAAGUCCGCAGGCCACGCCUUGCUGCUGGCUGUCUACAGGGGCAAACUCAGCGAAGGCCUUUCCUUCAAUGACGAUUUGUGCCGCGGCGUCUUUUGUGUGGGGCUGCCGUUUCCGUCUUUGGGGGACCCCAAAGUUCAGAAGAAGCGCGACUACAACGACGCAUGCAGCGCUCGCUGCCUGCAGCAGCAGCAGCAGAAACACAAGAAGCAGCAGCAGCAACAAACCCAGAUGGUCAGUGGGUCCAGGUGGUACUCCACUCAGGCCUACAGAGCCCUCAACCAAGCAGCAGGGAGAUGCAUUCGGCACGUGGGCGACUACGGAGUCGUGGUGCUGCUGGAAAGCAGACACAGGCCAUCUUCUGGAGAUUUAUGUCGCUGGCUAAUGCCGCACUUGACGUUUGAGGCUUCACUGUGGCCGGUGCUGCUGCAGUUGCACCAGCACUUUCAGGCGGCGCCUGCUGCUGCUGCUGCGGCGGCCGCUGCAGCGGAGGCUGCUCACGAACAGCCCUCACAAAACGCCCUUGCUGCUGCUGCUGCUGCAGCUUCGAACGGUUCGGGCUGGGUCGUCAAACUGCAGUGUCAGGGGCAGCAGCGGCAACAGCAGCAGCUGCUGCACUUCACUAACCAGCGCCAGGCCAUGCAGCAGCAGUCGUUACAGCCAGAGCUGUCCGCGAACCAGCAGCAGCAGCCGCUCACGGAGCAGCUGCCGCAACAGCAAAUAGUCAAAAGUGAGCAGCCGCAACAACUAGUGGGGCAGCAAGGCGCAAGUGCACAGCUGCAGCAGCGGCAGCAACGGCCAUGGCUAGCGCAGCAGCAGAAGCAACAACAGCUCUUGCUGCCGCCACAGCAGCAACUGCAGCGCAUGCCGCAUGAGCAGCAGCAGCAGCAGGAGCAGCACAUGCCGCAGCAGCCUCACUGGUCGUCACAGCCGUCGCUGCACCAGCGCAUGCCCCACUUCGCUACUGCAGCAGAUAUCCUACAGCAGCAGCAAGAGCAGCAGCAGCAGUCACAGCAGCACCGUGCAUCAGCACCAAGCCAGAUGGUGACAGCAGCUGCAGCUCAAGACCAGCCGCAGCUCGCAGCAGCGCCCCAGCAAGCCUCUUGUUCGUCGCUGCACGAAACACCCGCAAGAGCAGCAGCAGCAGUUGCUGCUGCUGCUCCUGCUGCAGAAAAGGAAGACUGGCUGUCUAAAGAAGAGACAGAGGAUUUGUUGGCCGCUUUUGACUGA